AUGAGAUACAAACACAUGUGUGUGUGUAACAAACACGGGGACAUCGUUUUUAAUCAAUUCAACACUACCGGCAUGAACCCCCAACACGCACGAACUUCCCGCCGCGAAUGGCCGGGAACAUUAUUUAUAUUCAGUAAAAAAAUGUUGGGGCCGAAAAGCAAUCGGAGAGAAACACAGUGGGUGACCUGGGGGUUUCUCAGCAUGGUUCAUGUGAAGACGAGUUCGAACACCUUGCUUGUUCGAAGUUCGAGACCGGAGAUAUUCGACUUGAUUCGUGCUGGUAUGGUUUCGGAAACGUAUCGCGUUUCAACCAACGCUGAUAGAACUCUGGUCAUGCCUCGUAAUAUUUCCGAAGACAUGGAUGACGACUCAAGGGCCUGUUAUGAGAGGACCAGUAACAACUAUGCUAGAAUGCAUGGAAUGUUUGACCUUCUUCCAUUCUGUCUUAUGCGAGGUAGAAAUGCUGGAAUAUCGAAUGAUGAUGAUCGUGCUCUAACACAAAUUCUUGAAGUGGAGUUCGAAGGGGAAAUACAGUAUCUAUUUCAGUUCGCAAAGAAGCUGGACCGUUUUCUGUUCGGAGCAUGGAAUGGCCCUGGAUGGAAAGUUAUGCGGGCUGGGAAUACGAGAAGGAGACAUUUGGAGGAAGUGGAAGCUAGAAUGAAAUCUGCUUUCCGCUUUGAUGGAAUUAGGGGGGUGGAAUCUUCCUUAUGGUGGGGGUCUGAAUCGGCAGAUUAUUGGAUCGAAGACACUACUGAGCCAUGCGUGCAAUGCGGUGCGGUAUCUGAUGCUGAAAUGCCGGGAGGGUUGGCCACGAGUCUGGGGAUGUUUGUCGCAAGGCCAAAAUCCCGUUCUGACCACUGGGAGCCAAGUCCCGAAAACGGAGAUGAAGACUUUGGCGAGCUGUACGAAGACUUGGGCGAGCUACACCAAGACUUGGGUGAGCUGCACGAAGACUUGGGCGAGCUGCACGAAGACUUGGGUGAGUUGUACGAAGACUUGGGCGAGCUGGAUCGCCCUCCAUACCUUGUAGUCAACAUCGCCGACGGCCACACCGUUAAAGUUCCGUGCCACGGGUGGCGACGUUGUGACGUAUAG